AUGCUGUUCUUCAAGAAGGAAGGGCGACUACGCCGUCAGGAGCAUCGACGAGACGAGAAGUGCUUCAGGAAGAAGCUGGCGGAGGCGAUGAAGAGAUGCCCCUCUGGUGACGUCGACACUAUCCGCGAGCUUGUGGAGGAGGCCGACACUAAGGGCUUCCGCUCCAUCGCCAUCGACGAGGAGCGCUUCAGGAAGAAGCUGGCGGAGGCGAUGAAGAGAUCCCCCUCUGGCGACGUCGACACUGUCCGUGAGCUCGUGGAGGAGGCCACCACGAAGGGCUUCCGCUCCUUCGCCAUUGACAGGGCGACGACGGUUGUCGCCAAACAGGACCAGCAAGAGAAGAUUUUCGCGUUCUUUACGAGUCUUCCCGGCGCCGUUGUCGACUACGUCUCGACCACUUCGCUGGAUGCUGCGGAGGGUAUCGUGUUCUCACGUCGACCGGUUUCCGACCUGGAGGCGUCCAGUUUUUUCACCAUCGCCAACCGCUGCGACCUGGUGGAGAGCACCCCGGCAGAGGUGGCGAUUCCGAUGGAUGAAGCUCUCCAGAUCGCUGACUCGUGCGGGGCCUGCCAGCCCCGGCGGUCUUCGUCGUUGAACGCUGGCGUGGCGCCGAGCACCGCGUCCUUCGCGACGACGUCUCCGAGAAGGAGUUGA